AUGAACGACACGGCCUUCUUGGCGAACAGAAGCUCAAGAGAUACCUCAGAUAUAUCGGAAACUAGCUCAACUCUCAGGCAAAUUCAAAAGCCAAACCGGCACGGCCUGCUCGGCGAACAGAAGCUCAAGAGAUACCUUAGAUAUAUGGGAAAGCGGCUCAACUCUUGGGCAAAUUCAGUUGAUCAAACUGGUCCAGAGAUCUGGGAACAAGACUUGAUACCCUCGAUGGCUGUCGUAUCUGAGAUGGUCCAGAUCUAUGGCCUGGUCUUGACCCCGCCGGAGAGGCUGGGCAAUCUGAUCAACUGGGAAGUGGCCGAGACCCAGAGCCAGCUCCGCUCGACACAUACAACCUGUUUGUUUCCCUUAUCUUCUCCAACUACCUUGACCCCGUUGAUUGGCUCAAGUUCGGAAGAAGGGUAUAAUUGGGGGGCCAGACCGACGGCGCACCUCAACGGUGCUGAUGCGCCGGACCUCAGCUGA